UUUAUGCUUCCUAACUGCUCGGAGAGGUAUAGUUUUGCUCUUACAACUUUCAAGGAACAGCUCGAGGCAUUGGAUGUCGAAACGAAGCCUAAAGUGCUUGUCAACACUUUUGAUUCAUUGGAGUCUAAUGCGCUCAAGGCCAUCGACAAGUAUGAGUUAAUUGGAGUCGGGCCCUUGAUUCCUUCUGCUUUCUUGGGUGGUAAAGAUCCUUCCGAUACGUCUUUUGGCGGAGAUCUCUUUCAGAAAUCUGAUGACUACAUAGAAUGGUUGAACUCGAAGCCCGAAUCUUCAGUUGUUUAUGUGUCUUUCGGCAGCUUGCUGAGGCUACCAAAAGCUCAGAUGGAGGAGAUUGCAAAAGGGCUACUAGACAGUAGUAGGCCGUUUCUGUGGGUUAUACGAGACAACGAAAAAGCCAAUGAGGAGAAGAAAGAAGAUGAUGAGAGGUUAAGUUGCAUGGAGGAAUUGGAAAAGGUGGGGAGAAUUGUGCCAUGGUGCUCUCAACUUGAGGUUCUAACGCACCCAUCGUUGGGGUGUUUCGUGACACACUGUGGGUGGAAUUCGACUCUUGAGAGCAUAUCAUGCGGUAUUCCGGUGGUGGCUUUUCCCCAUUGGACGGAUCAAGGGACCAACGCUAAGUUGAUUGAAGACGUAUGGAGGACGGGUGUUAGAGUGAGAGGCAACGAAGAUGGGGUGGUGGAGAGUAGUGAAAUAAGGAGGUGUAUUGAGGAAGUAAUGGAUGGGAGGGAAAAGAGCAGAAAACUGAGAGAGAACACUGAGAAAUGGAAGGAUUUGGCAAGAGAAGCAAUGGAGGAGAAUGGAUGUUCUAAUAAGAAUCUGAAGGCCUUCUUUGAUGAAAUUGGAGCUGGUUUUUAGUCUUUCCUUUGUAUUACACUGAGAAUGAUUGAUCUGCUUUGUUAAUUCCAGUGGUUUUCGUUUCUCUUUCUUUGUCGACAUCCUUGUUCUUUUAUUUUGUUUUGGUCAUAUGAUAAAAUAGAAUGUUAUGUAUGUAAAGGUGAAAUAUUUUUAUAGCGAUAUGAAGUAGCAUUUUGUGAGGAUAA